AUGGAAUAAACAUCAUUGGAUUUUAAGAUUGAUAUAUAGCCUAAGAGAAUAACAGAACAUGUAGAACCUGAUGUGGAUCUAACUGUAGACAAAUAUGAUUCAGUUUAUCAAAAUAACCAAUAGGAAGAAGAGAUAGAAGCAGCUAAUGUAAAUUAAGCAAUUAACAUAAUUAGAAAGAUCUUUUAGUACAAUAGUAUGAUAUAACAGAAGCUGCUCAUCCUUUAAUUUGUAUUGCAGCAGUAGUACUAACAGGAUUACCAGGAUUGAGUUUUAUUAUUUUGUAGGAUAUGUCAAAUACAUAUCUGUUGGUUGGAUUAUUACAAUUAGUUCAAUUUAUUUUGAUGAAGAAUUAUUUUGGAUUAAAAUUGGUUGGAUUGUGUUGGUGGAUUGAAUUCAAUGCUAAAAAAUGGAAUGUUCAAACUUAAUCCUAAGAACAAUCGAAUAAAGUUGAUUAGUGUUUUUUUUGGGCUUGUCUUGUUUAUGGAACUAUUUUUUGGGCUAUAAUGUGUUUAGGAGAUUUAAUUGGAUUUAAAGCUAUUUGGGUAAUUUAUUAAUAGUAUUUUUAUAAGUUACCAUUACCAAUUUUAUGUCUUUUUUUAUCUGCAACAAAUUUUCAUGGAUUCUAUAAGUGUAGAGGAGAUCAUAAGAAAAAAUUAUAGUAAUUGAAAAGGGAAAUGGCCAAGAGUGGUUUGAAUAUAGUGGGAAUGAUUAUGAAAUGAGAUUAGAUUGUUAUUUAUAAAUAAUUUUAAAUUUAAGUAUGAACGACAGUGUCUAAGCUAUAUAAGAAAGUUAUACUAGAAUCAAGUUAUUGAGUAAUGAUGUAUAGAUUAAGGACUAAACAAUAAAUAUACUUUAAGAAAGAUUACAAGAGUUAGAAGAAUAAUUGAGUUAAGCAAUUAAAUAAAAAGAGUAUGGUGAUCGAUAAUUUUCUAUUCUUUAAGAAGAACAUGAUUAAAUGUUUGAUAAUUAAUAGAAAAAAACUAAGUAAUUGUAAUAAUUUAACUAAUAAUUAUUGGUUGCUUUGAAGGAAGUCUAAGAUAAGAAUUAAGAGCUUUUGGAGAAAGUUAAAUUUUAAAGUUAAGAAUUAUCUUAGAAAUAAAUGACUCAACGAGAAGUGACUGAACAAAUUUCAUUAAUAAAAGAUGCAGUAAAAGGAUUAGAAGAUGAAUUAUAAUAAUUAACUAAAAAGAAUUCAAUUUUAAAAAAAGAGAAACAAGAAACCGAAUUAUAAUUAAGAUAAGUAACAUCUGAAAAAAAUAAGUUUGAAAAUAGUAUAAUGAAUAUGCUUAAGCAAUUGGAAACUGAGAAUGAAUUAUUAAAAUAAGAGUUAGAUGAUUAUCGAUCAAGAUUGGAAUAAUAACAUUAAGAAUUAGUUGAAUUGAAAUAUAUAAAGAUUUAAUAUGAGGAUUUAGAAAAAAAAAAUUAAUAAUUAAAUGAACAAUUCAAUAUUUAAGUUUAAACUGCUAUGGAAUGUGAAAAGAAUUAUGCUUUGUAAUUUGAUGAAAUGAAUAGGGCAAAUGAAAAAUUAAGAAAAGAAUAUGAAAUUUAACAUGACCAAUUUAAACAAUAAAAAGAUUACUCAAAUUAAUUAGAAUAAUAAAAUAAAGAAUUUUCAAAAUUGUUUAAUUAUAUUUAAUAAUAAAUUGAUGAAACUAUUGCAGAAUGUUUGGUUGCAAAAAAAAAGUCAAAUGUUUAUGAAAGAUUAUAUGAAGGAAGAAAAUCUUCAUCUGCUUCCAGUCGUAAAUCAGUUCCUAAAAAAAAGAAGAAGUAUAGUUAUAAUUAAAUACAAAUUGAAGAAUUUUUUAUUGAUAUCAAAGAAAUCAUUUAGAGUUUAAUAUCCACAAAUACUCAAUUAAAAGAUGAAAAUGAUUAAGUCUGUAAAAAUAUUUAAGACAUGCAUAAAGUUGGUGAAUAACUUAGAUAUAAAAUUGAAUAAUUGAAUUCUGAACACAUUAAAGCAAAAGAUUAAUUACAAUUAGAACAUUAAAUUAUAAUUGAAUAAUAAGAAGAUAAAAUAAAUUAAUUAUAGGAUGCUCUUGAACAAUAAAAUCUAAAGGCAUAAAAAGAUAAUCAAUAUAUCGAUCAAUUAAUUGAAUCAUGUCAUUAAUAUGAUUAAUAAAUCUUAGAAAAAGAGAAGUUAAGCUAAUAAUUUUUAUAAUAAAAAUAAGAUAUAGCAUAAGAAUUCGAAGAAUUAAAUAAUUAAUAUAUUUAACUUCAAGUUGAAUUUGAAGAAUUACUUGUAAGAAAAGCAAUUUCAUAAAAUAAAGUAGCAUUAAGUUUUAGUUUAAUAUCAUAUUUACUUAAAAAUAAGAGAACAUAAUUUUUGUUUUCUCAAUUAAUUUAAUAUUCAAAUUAUAUUCAUUAUUUUGUCCUCCUAAGAAAUGAAUUCUAGAUCAGAAAUCAUAAUAUUUAUUUAAGAUUCAGAAAAGUAGUCUAUGCAAUCAUUUUUGUUAAAAAGCUGAAAAAAACCUUAUAUAUUAAAGAUGAAAUAGUAAAUCUUGAAUUUGAAGAUAAUGAAAUCAUUGAUUAGACCUUUGAAAAGUUCAUACCAAAAUUUCAUGAAAUAGAAGAAGGCAAAUAAAUAGAUUUUAAUAUUGUUAAUAAGAUGUUAAAAGAGUUGAAGUUCUAAAUUAAUAAAUACGAUUUGAAAUAUUAAGGAAGAUCGAUUAAUUCAUAAAAUUAUUAUUAGAUUUUGAAUUUUGCUAAAGAAGAUAUUCAAAAAAAAAAUUCUGUAGGAAAUCAAAUUGAUUAUUAUAAAUAAUAAUUAAGUUCCUUAUAAACUAGAGUUUAUUAAUUAGAUGAAUAUAUAUAACAAUUAGAAUAAGAAUUAUCAGAAAAAAUAAAUUUUUCAACUACUUAAUAAUAAUAAGGUUAUUUACAGUAGUCUGAAGAAUAAUCAGUUAACAAAUUUAGAACAGAUUCAUCUCCUCCAUAGAAAAACAAUCUAUCAGUAUCCCUACAAAAUGAACUGAUGUCAAUUUUGAGUAAAAAAUCUUCAGCAAAUUUAUCCAAAGCUGGUCAAAUAGUUAAACAAGGAUUUUGA